CAUAGAUUUUAAAACUUAUCACCAUUAGUAUGGAAGCCACUUCCAAGAAAAGCCAUGACCCUGUCAAUGAAUGCACCAACUUCACUCUCUUAUCAAACCAUCUCCUUUCAAAACUCUCAUAUUUCCUAUUCCUUUGUAGCAUCAUACUUGCAACAUUUGCUCAAGCUUUCUCACUUCUUCAAAACUAUGAACUAAUCUUCCAUUUUUUGUUCCUAUGUUUUCUCCUACUUUCAUUCCUUUUAACACAUUUUCUCUCAAAGCUUUCUCCUAUUUACCUUGUUGAUUUCUCAUGUCUUAAACCACCAAGAUGUUGUAGGGUACCUUUCUCGACGUUUAUUGAAAAUGCUUCUCUGAUUGAAUCAUGUUUUGACAGUGAAAGCAUAGAUUACAUGCAAAAAGUCCUUUAUUCUUCAGGCCAAAGUGAAGAGACUUGUGUCCCUCCUUCCUUACUCUACAUUCCACCAAAAACUCAAAAUAUUGAAUCCAUCAAAGAGGCUCACAUGGUUCUUUUCCCUAUCAUGGAUGAUCUUUUUGUAAAAACCAAUAUUUUACCUAUUGAUAUAGACAUACUUAUCUUAAAUUGCAGUGGCUUUUGUCCCUCGCCUUCUUUAACAUCUAUUGUUGUUAACAAAUAUUGUAUGAGAAGUGACAUUAAAAGCUAUAAUGUCUCUGGUAUGGGGUGCAGUGCUAGUGUUAUUUGUAUUGAUUUAGCUCAUAAUCUUCUCCGAGUUCACAAAAACGCUAAUGUUAUUGUUCUAAGCACAGAGAUUUUGUCAAAUGGUUGGUAUCCCGGUAAAGAAAGAUCAAAGUUGCAUCUUAACUGUAGCUUUAGAAUGGGUAGUGCAGCAAUUCUUCUCUCAAACAAAAAAGAAGCAAGUAAAACCGCAAAAUACAAGUUAGUUAGGUCGCUUAGAACACAAAGAGCCUUUGAUGACAAGGCUUAUUUUGCUUGUAGAAGGGAAGAAGAUUCAGAUGGAAUACUUGGGGUGACACUCAAUAAAGACGUAGUUCAGGCAGCUGGUGAAAUACUCCUUUCAAAUAUUUCCACUUUAGGUUCUGAAAUAUUGCCAGUUUCAGAGAAGUUUUGGUAUGUUGUUUCUAUGAUAAAAGAGAGGUUUAUAAAAUCUGAGGGAAUAUAUGUGCCUGAUUUUAAGACUGUGAUACAACAUUUCAUAUUGCCUUGUCCAGGGAGGGGAGUGAUUAGAGGGGUAGGAAAAAGGUUGAAACUUGGUGAGAGAGAUAUGGAAGCUGCUUGGAUGACACUACAUAGGUUUGGAAACCAAUCUUCUUCAUCACUAUGGUAUGAACUUGCUUACUUGGAAGCCAAGGAAAAAGUGCAGAAAGGUGACAACAUUUGGCUACUUGGAAUUGGAAGUGGGUUUAAGUGUAGCAGUGUAAUCUUGAAGUGUAAUAGGCCAAAACUUGGAGAGUCUAAUAAGGGACCAUGGUCUGAUUGCAUCCAUCAAUACCCAAUAUCAACUUUCAAUUAAUAAUUUUACACUUGUUAUUAUAUAUUGUUCUUGGUGUUCUUUUUAAUGUUUUUUUUAGAAGUAUUAAUGAUGUUCUUGUGUUUAAGGUUGUGCAAGAAAAAUACUAUUGAAAAAAAGGGGUUUCUAUAUUUUAUUAUUGUAAAAGCAUGUUGAUGGAUCCAGCCCAAGAUAUCAAUAGGAAGUGUUAGUGUAUCAUACUCAGCCUAUAUA